CUCCAACAGUAGUGCAAAGUACAAUUUACAGUGUUUUAGAAGUAGAGCUAUUGCCUGCUUAUUUACAAUCCCUGUCAGAACUUUUUCGGUAGUAAGUGUCUCUACUGGGAACUGACUCAUGGCAGACGCUCUGUCCUUCCUUGAAGAGGAUUUGACAUGUCUCAUGUGUUGUGAUAUCUUCACCGAUCCGGUCACUCUGAAAUGUAGCCACAGUUUGUGUGAGAAAUGCCUCCAGCGCUUCUGGACGACUCAAGACGUGCCGCAGUGUCCGGUCUGUCGGAAGGAAUGCUCUCACGACGAGCCCACCAAGAGCCUGGCGUUCAGAGCGCUCUGUGAGUCCUUCAAGAAGAGAAAACCCACAGCUGUUUCAGGAGACGUUUGUCCAGAACAUAAAGAGGCACUCAAACUCUUCUGCUUCGAGGACAAGCAGCCCAUCUGUGUGGUCUGUUACACAUCAAAGAAGCAUGAAAAUCACAAGUGUUCGCCCGUCGACGAGGCUGCUGGGAAUUUAAAGGAGGAUCUCAAGACACAAAUGGACAGACUGCAUGAGACACUCGCUGACCUCAAGAAAGCUCAAGAGAACUGUGUGAAACAGGCUGAGCUCAUUAAGAUACACACCGGUAUAACAGAAACCCAAAUCAAGAAGAAAUUUGAGAAGCUCCAUCAGUUUCUUACAGAGGAAGAGAAGAAACAGAUCGGAUCGUUGCGUAAAGAAACGGAGAUUAAAGAUGAGAAACUCAAGGCCAGACUAGAGGAGUUGUCCAAACAGAUAUCAGAUCUGUCUGAGAGGAUGGCAGCCUUCUGGCAGGAUAUGGAAGCUGAAAACAUCUCAUUCCUCCAGAAUUACAGCGAUACAUUAAAAAGACUCAAAUGCACAUCAGUACCAAACAGGACCCCGGUAUUACAGCAAUAUCAGCAGUAUCCCAUUCAGACAGUGAUCUUCACCACAUGGGCCAGAAUGCAGAACCUUGUGGAACAGCCUCCUGUGACUCUGGAUCCAGACACAGCCUCCAAUAAACUGCAGGUGUCAGAGGAUUACACCAGUGUUGAGUAUGUAGAAGUGAAACUGCAUGUGUCUGAUAACCCAAAAAGGCUGCAGGAGGGGGUACUGGCCUCACAGGGCUUCAGCUCAGGUGUGCACUGCUGGGACGUAGAGGUGGGAGAUAGCAAUAACUGGACACUAGGAGUGAUGGGGGAAACGGUGAACCGCAAAAAACUUUGCAAAAUGGAUCCAAAAAAUAGUUUCUGGUGUUUUCGUAAUGUAGAUGGUAUAUACAAGAAAGGAACAAAACCUAUCAGCGAUUUUGAUAGCAAUGAGAGGCCAAAUGUCAUCAGACUGCAGCUGGACUUUGACAAAGGAGAGCUGAGAUUCAUUGAACCCUUCAGAAAGAGUAGUUUGUGCACCUACACAGGUGGAUUUCCAGAGAGGGUGUUCCCAUAUUUCAAUACUGGAGAUCCGGACUCACCACUGAGUCUUUUCCCAGCAAAUAAACAAAAUGUCUAAACCAAAACUAAUAUGACAUUUUUUGUCCAAAUACUUUUUGGUGCCACUGUAUGUCCAGUAAUGUGAUUAUUUAAUCAUGCAAUCUUUCCAUAUAAAUGAUGAUGCAUUAAUAAGGCAGAUUUUAAUGUGAUUAUUAAUGUAAAAAGCAAUAAAGACUAUUUGGUGUAA